ACUUCCUGUCGGUUUUUGGCGAACGCUGAUUGGCCCGUCCUGUUCUACGGAGUUGGCGCCAUUGCGAGUCUCUGUGCUGUCUACAGUGUGCUGUCCUAAAGAUUUUCUACUCUGUACCGGUAUACGUGGUUUAACCACGACACUAUGGCUGAUAAAGACGCUGCAUUUGAUGAUGCUGUGGAGGAAAGGGUGAUCAAUGAGGAGUACAAGAUCUGGAAGAAGAACACACCUUUCCUCUAUGACCUGGUCAUGACUCACGCCCUCGAGUGGCCCAGCCUCACCGCACAGUGGCUGCCUGAUGUCACCAGGCCAGAGGGGAAAGACUACAGUGUACACAGGCUGGUUUUGGGAACACACACUUCUGAUGAGCAGAAUCAUCUCGUCAUUGCGAGUGUUCAGCUUCCGAAUGAUGAUGCACAAUUUGAUGCGUCACACUAUGACAGCGAGAAAGGAGAGUUUGGAGGUUUUGGAUCUGUUAGUGGAAAGAUAGAGAUUGAGAUCAAAAUCAACCAUGAGGGAGAGGUGAACAGAGCCCGCUACAUGCCUCAAAAUCCUUGCAUCAUCGCCACCAAGACCCCAACCAGCGACGUGCUGGUCUUUGAUUACACGAAGCACCCCUCAAAGCCUGACCCUUCUGGAGAAUGUAGCCCAGAUCUGCGGUUGAGAGGGCACCAGAAGGAGGGCUACGGUCUCUCCUGGAACCCAAACCUCAGCGGCUGCCUCCUCAGUGCUUCUGAUGACCAUACAAUCUGCCUAUGGGACAUCAGCACGGUGCCCAAGGAGGGAAAGAUAGUUGAUGCCAAGACCAUCUUCACAGGCCACACCGCCGUGGUGGAGGACGUCUCCUGGCACUUGCUCCACGAGUCGCUCUUCGGCUCUGUGGCCGACGACAUGAAACUCAUGAUCUGGGACACGCGGUCCAACAACACCUCCAAGCCCAGCCAUGCAGUGGACGCCCACACCGCUGAGGUCAACUGCUUGUCCUUCAAUCCUUACAGCGAGUUCAUCCUGGCCUCUGGCUCCGCAGACAAGACCGUGGCUCUUUGGGACCUGAGGAACUUGAAGCUGAAGCUGCACUCGUUUGAGUCUCACAAGGACGAGAUCUUCCAGGUUCAGUGGUCCCCUCACAACGAAACCAUCCUGGCCUCCAGCGGCACCGACAGGAGGCUCAACGUUUGGGACCUGAGUAAGAUCGGAGAGGAGCAGUCACCGGAGGAUGCUGAGGACGGCCCUCCUGAGCUGCUGUUCAUUCAUGGCGGACACACCGCAAAGAUCUCCGACUUCUCAUGGAACCCCAACGAGCCGUGGGUCAUCUGCUCUGUAUCAGAGGACAACAUCAUGCAAGUCUGGCAGAUGGCUGAAAAUAUCUACAACGACGAGGACCCAGAAGGUGCUGCAGAUUCAGAGGUCCAAGCAUGAGUCCACUCUCCACAUCCCUUCGUUUGAGCUGAUUGUUGAAAAUGGGUCCGUUUUCCAGUACUUGGUGCAUAAGCAGUAAUCUCUCUUUUUAAAAAGAACAAAAACAUUUUGGGCAGCUGUGUUUUUGUAGAAAAUUUGAAAGAGUAAAAUGCUGCAUUGUCAUGUUGAACAUAUUUAAAGUCUGUGUUGGCCAGAGGUUCAGUAACUCCCAGUACUCAACUCUGGCUUCACCAACAUU